AUGGCAAUUUCUCCCACGCUCAGUGCACGUGGACUUUUCCUCUUUCGGUGCUUCCGCUCGGUGCGCUCCGAAUGACCUUGUUCUUACAAGGAAAGCGCCCUUUUCAUGUCUCCCACUAUUUCUCUUGUGUCUCUCUCCUCCGUCCUUUGAGCUGCGGGUUUUUCGCUUUGCUGGGCACGCAUUGGGAAGUAACCCACCUCACUCACUCUCUCUCUUUCGGGGGCUCGAGCUGUUAUUCAUUAUAAAAAACUAGAAGCGAAUGAAGAAGGCAUUAUCGGGUCUGGACAUCUCCUUCCUGCUGCAAAAAUGGGCUUCUCUUCUUGCUUGUGCUAUGCCCACUUCACUCCGCUCCAGAUUGGCAGUUCAAGAUUGAUAAAAACCACUUCAGAUCAAAAUUCUAUUGGAGCACAUCAAAGAUCCUCGUUUCCUCUGAAAAGCUGUCACGCUGAGCUUUUAGGCCUACAUAUUCCGAGGGCAGGAGACAACAUACCCAGGGAGUGGAGUUUUGCCAGAGGAUCAAGAAUUGUUACAAUACCACACUCAGCAAGGUUCAUCCGAAACCAGAAAGCUCUUGGAGCACAUGCUUCUUGGCUGCCAACAUCUCAAAUCGCUAGCAGUGCUUUCACUUGGGGAACUGUUGCUGUUCUCCCUUUCUACACUCUCAUGGUUGUGGCUCCUAAGGCCGAAGUGACUAAGAAAUCCAUGAAGACGGGUGUACCAUUUAUAGUGCUUGGUCUUUUCUAUGCAUACUUAUUAUACCUCUCCUGGACACCAGACACGCUGAAGGCAAUGUUUUCAAGCAAAUAUUACCUGCCAGAGCUUCCUGCGAUUGCAAAGUUGUUCACAAAUGAAAUGACUGUAGCUUCUGGAUGGAUUCACUUGCUGGCAGUAGAUCUCUUCGCUGCAAGGCAGGUCUUUCAUGAUGGAUUGGAAAAUCAAAUCGAGACACGGCAUUCAGUCUCUCUUUGCUUGCUGUUCUGUCCCAUUGGAAUUGCCACUCAUUUUGUCACGAAAGCACUGUCCAGGAGAACCUCUGACUGAUCAAGAAAUUCAUCAAUCCACGAACUGGUGGAAACAAUUGAGAUACACAGCUUUAAUGGAAUAACUCAUUUGGUGCAUCAUUGAGAUUCCAUCCACAUUCUCUUUGCCAACUCUAUCAUUCUUCUUGUUUCCUUCAUAGAUAUAUUUUGCGUCAUUGCCUACCCAUUUCUGGAUGUCAUUGAGGUGAGUGUGGAUGAAGUCCAGGACUUCUUCCUCUCAUUGUAACCCGAACUUGCUUCAGACCCCUUGACCAGGGCAAUGAGGUUGAGCAUGUCUAGUGAGGUUGAGGUGCUGACAAUGAUGAAGAAGUUCGCAGGUUUUGUGGAAA